UUAAGUAUUUCACAGGUGUCCAUGUGUCGUCUGUUAGUCCUUCACUCGACUCUACUGUUGGAGCAUCGGCCAUAACCAAGUCAGAAUCCAUUUUUGGUAUAAAAACACGGCGUCGCGACAACGUUUGUCUUGGUUUUAGCAUCAUUUCUGCUGCUCCAACCUUCCCAAACAUGAGUUCUACCAAAGUCGCUCUCGUCACCGGGGGUACCCGCGGGAUCGGCUUCGGGAUCGCCGCUGAGCUGGCCCGAGCAGGGCACGACCUCAUCCUGGGGUACCGGGAGAACCAUCAGCGGGCCGAGGCCGCUAAGGCAGAGCUUGAAGAGACCCACAAGGUGCGUGUGUUCCUUAUAGCAGGCGGGACAGAGGAAGAGGCUACGGCCGACGCCUUCUUCGCGUGCGUCCAUACGAACUUUGGCGGCAGGCUCACCGCGCUGGUCCACAACGCCGACGGGCACUACCGCAGCGGACCCCCGCCCUGCAAGCCGGACGCGACCGGUAGCUGGUUCGCGGGCUGGGACGCCUACGAGUACUACCACAACAUCUACGCCAAGUGUUUCCUCCGUUUGGUAGAGCAGGCCGUGAGUCGGAUGGAGGACGACCGGGGGUACAUCGUGGCCGUGGCAGGGCUCGGGUGUAACAGUAACACCAGCCCCAGCCUGCCGUACUUCACCCCGGGUACGGCCAAGGCCAGUAUGGAGUACAUGGUGAGGCACUACGCCAAGCAGCUGGCGCCCAGACGCAUCACCUGUAACACCGUCAUACCGGGGAUGGUCGACACGGAGGCUUGGGCACCGGUGAGGGCGAGGAUCGGGAAGGAGGGGGUAGCGGACAUGGUGGGCAGGCUCUGCGGGAUGGGGCGCUGGGGCACCCCGAGGGACGUCGGCGGCGUGGUCGCCUUCCUCUGCUCGGAGCGAGCGGGCUUCGUCACGGGCGCGGCUAUUCCCGUGGACGGGGGGUUCCAUCUCAAGUAGGGGACAAAAAGAUGUAGAAAAGUAGUCUGAGACCAUCCUCCGUAUACG